AAUUAUACGAUAUAUGUGUUAAUUUAAAACAGUUGUCAGAGACUUCCUAAUAUAGCUUACACUUCACCUCCAUUUCUUGAAACUAGUUAGAUAUGGGUCUGGUUCGUUUCAGUCCAUAUCCAAGUUCAAAACUAUAUAGUUAAUGGGUCGUUUGGAUGUCUUGUAAAAACAAUGAGUAGUUUCCAAUUUAUGAUAAUCAAUAUGAUAAAAGAAACUUUAAAAUGUGAUUGGAAUUUUAAUUCUAAUGACACAUGAAGCGGAAGACAAUUAUCUCAUGUACAUUAUUAAUUCAAUAUAUAUAUAUAUGUAGCUGUGUGGUACAUUUUAGUUUUGUCGUGUCCCGUACCCGCACACGUACCAGUACUCAUACCUGCUUCCAUGCAACUUACGUGAGGAUCCUGAUUUUUGUAUUUCAAGACUCAAGACAAACUACCACUACUCACAUUGAACAUUUGAGAAAAUCCUGAAAACUUCAUCUGCUAAGCAUUCAGAUUGGGCAUCAAUUGCUUAGUACCUUGACCUUAGUAAAUUGAUUUGAAGACCUACCUAAUUCUAAAUGCAAUGAACUGAAAUGAUGACCUCACAGAUAACAACAUUUUGGAAUGUAAUGAGAUAUUCUUCAUUGCUUACAUAAUUACAUCUCAUUUUUAUCAGCAUACAUGUAAAAGAAGCAUGGGUUGUAUAAAUAAACUGAUCUAGCAGGGUGUACAGGUUCUUCCUAUCUAUAACUAAAAUGCAUGAUUUUGCAUAUUCUGCCCCCAAAUAUUCAUGCUUCCCUUGAGCCUUCUGCAUUUUAUGUUCGAAGAUAAGAUUAUUUGAUGGGAAAAGUAUGAACCGUGCUAGACAAUUAGUGUUUAAAUGUGUCCAGGAAGCGACAUGCGUGGCGGUUUCUCAGUAGAUUCUUAGAGACUGACUUCUACAUGCCUUGCCCCCUUUUUAGUCCAUUUAUAAUUUUAAAAGAAAAGUUUGAUAUGUGUGGCAUAGUCACUGGGGAGCCAACUGUUAUGAUUAUCCUUUUGUAUACUUUUUUAAACCUAAACUUGCAUAACUUCCUAUUGGUAGUGCAGAUAUAUUAAAAUAUCAGCAAUCUCUUAAAGAAGCGGCUGCUAAUUCACCACAUUCUAGCUGUUGGGAAGAGUCAUCAUUUUGUAUCCUGUAUUGCCUCAAGGCAUGAGAGAAACAAUUUUACGACAAUAAAUAUCGUUAUUGCCUAAUCACAGAAAUAUGGGUUCUCUUUCUUUGUGGCUGUGGGAAUUAGUGGGGUUUUUUCAUUUCUGCUGGAGGAAGUUCUUAUUAUUAUAUGUUAGAAUGACCAUUUAAACGAUCCGCUGACAUUUAGCUAGAUGUUGCCACCCCAUUUUCGAAUCUCAGUCUACAUCAGAAAGGCAAGUUUCCAAAGAUUCGCCAGGCAACCAUCAAAAUAACAUAGGUACUGAAGAUCCUGCUGCAGAUGCGGGUUCAGUAUCAAUUGCAAGUGGUGAUAACAGAAAGAUUUCUCGUGAAGAUAUUGAACUUGUCCAAAAUCUGAUAGAACGUUGUCUGCAACUAUAUAUGAAUAAAGCGGAAGUGGUUAGGACUCUCUCUAAUCGUGCUAGGAUUGAGCCUAGCUUUACGACUCUAGUAUGGCAGAAACUAGAAGAGGAGAAUGCUGAAUUCUUUAGAGCUUACUAUAUCAGGUUGAAAUUGAAAAAGCAAAUCAUCAUGUUCAAUCAUUUGUUGGAGCAUCAAUACCAUUUAAUGAAGUAUCCUAUGCCGCCUAAGAUUCCGUUGGCUCCAAUGCAAAAUGGGAUUCAUUCUAUGGCUGUUAACAAUCUACCAAUGGGGUACCCAGUUAUGCAGCAGCCUCCAAUGCCAGCUGCUGGUCAACCUCAUCUUGAUUCUAUGGGAUUGUCAAACUGUCAUGUUGUCAAUGGAAUUCCUGCACCAGGCAAUUUCCAUCCAAUGCGUAUAAAUUCUGGAAAUGAUAUGAGGAUGCAAAAUGGCACGCCAGAAAUGACACCAGCUGUACCCCCAUCGAGUGCUAUUUCUGCCAUGUCGGAAAUGGCUGUUAGUCCUGCUUCAGUGGCAUCGAGUAAUCAUUUUCCAUUCACUCCAUCAGACAUAACGGGGAUGGGCAUGGAUGCGUCAGCGCUGGACACAACCUUCACUUCUGAUGUGGUGAGCACAGGAGGCUUACAGCUUGGAGCCGAUGUUGGUAUCGGUUCCGAGAGAGAUUCUGUUGGAUCUUUGGGGCAGAUUUGGAAUUUUAGUCUUACUGACCUCACGGCAGACUUGUCGAGUUUGGGAGAUCUUGGAGCUCUUGGGGAAUACACUGGCUCUCCAUUCUUGCCAUCUGACUCAGACAUCCUUCUAGAUUCUCCAGAGCAGGAUGAUAUGGUUGAGGAGUAUUUUGCUGAUACCGUCAAUACUGGACCAAUGUCUGAUGAAGAGAAGACGUAGCGAGAAUGGAUAAAUUCAACCUCCAUUCUUCCUUUUAAGCAUCUAAGCACUGGCACUGUACUAUACAGCUGCUCUUCAAUCUUGUCGAGCGCAAAUCACUGGCAUCCAUUGCUUUUCAUUUUGGGGAAUGCGAGUCAUUGGCAUUCGGGUAUGGGUUCACUAUUAGGCAACUCAGAGAAGGAAGUUCCUCUAGAAAUUUAUCUAUUAUUGUCGCAGAAUUAGAAUUUUUGUAACGAAUGCUUACAAUAAAAUUGACCAGAUUGCUGGCCAUUGCAUCUAUAUAACCACGUCUUUUUAGGGGUUUUCUUAUGAAA